AUGGCAUUUGGCGAUCGAGGUGGUGACAGAGGUGGUAGAGGGGGUAGAGGAGGUAGGGGAGGUUCCCGUGGUGGAUUCGGUGGACGUGGUGGUGGUCGAGGUGGUGGACCGGGUGAUAGAGGAGGUUUCGGUGGUAGAGGUGGUGGUCGUGGUGCACCUAGAGGUGGUGGUCGUGGCGCCCCUCGUGGACGUGGUGGUCCAGCUGGAAGAGGUGGUAGACCAGGUUUAGGUCGUAAAGGUCCAGGAGCAGUUACAAUCGAACCUCAUAAACAUUCCGGUGUUUAUAUCGCUAAAGGAAAAGAACAUUUAUUAGUCACUAGGAAUAUGACACCUGGUGAAAGUGUUUACGGAGAGAAAAGGAUCAGUGUAGCUGUGACCAAUUCAGAGGGAGAGGAAGAAAAAGUGGAAUACAGGGUAUGGAAUCCUUUCAGAAGUAAAUUGGCAGCUGGUAUUUUAGGUGGUUUGGAUGACAUCCACAUCAAACCUGGUGCUAAAGUUUUAUACCUUGGUGCUGCUUCUGGUUCUUCAGUUUCACACGUAUCGGAUAUCGUAGGACCUGAAGGUGUUGUGUAUGCUGUUGAAUUUUCUCAUCGAUCUGGACGUGAUCUUAUUGGUAUGGCAAAGAAACGUACCAAUGUUAUUCCCAUCGUUGAAGACGCUCGUCAUCCUCAAAAAUACCGCAUGCUGGUACAAAUGGUAGAUGUCAUCUUCGCCGAUGUCGCUCAACCCGAUCAAGCUAGGAUCAUAGCUCUCAACGCUCAUCAUUUCCUCAAGAACGGAGGUGCUAUAGUCAUUUCCAUCAAGGCGAACUGUAUCGAUUCUACAGCCCCUGCCGCUCAAGUGUUUGCGAAUGAAGUUAAUAUCAUGCGUAAGGAAGGUAUAAGGCCUAAAGAACAAUUGACCCUCGAACCGUACGAAAGAGAUCACGCCAUCGUGGUCGGAAGGUACGAACGACACGCCGUCAAUUAAGUUUAUUAAUCUUGAGUGUAGAUCUGAUCAUGUAUUUGAUACCCU